AUGGAUAGCCAUGACAAGGUAUACAUUGUCUUACUUACUUUUAUCCGCUUAUCCAUUUAAAUUUCAGAGCGGAUCUUCUUCGAGUGGAGCAGACAGUUCAUUCGGCGUGUUGGCCAUGCCUUAUGACGAGUUCGACAUCAUGCUCACGGAUAUUAACGAAGCGGAGAUGGAAAAGGUUUUUUGAGGCUUUUUUAUUUUUAUUGUAAAACUUUCAAAAAGUUGUUUUAGAUCGGAAUUGCGGAGGAAGUCAAACACUUGAGCCCAGGGACGUUCUCGGAUCCCGCUUUUCCUGUGCAAGGAAUCUUGCAUGGUCCGAACUCCAGGCUCAUGAUCCCUUUGACCUUCCAACGGUACCGGAAACCCGAUUCCCCCAUCAUCAACGUGUGGUGUCUCAUUGACACGGGAAGUCCGUUCACGUGUCUGAGCGUUAAGACACUGGAGGCAUUCUUUGGAGCUGGAAACGUCGUCGGCGAGAUGUACUAUCCAUUUGCGAUCCAGGUUUGUUUGUUAUACUAUUGUUAUUUGAAAGUAAUAUUGUAUGAAAUUCAGGACCAGUCGACUCGAAUCGAGUGUCAAGUGAGCAGAAUUGGUACGCAUUUUGAACAUGUCAACAUUAUGGGAAUCGAUUCGUUGCGCAAGUUGAAGCUUAAUUUGGAUAUCGAUUGGGAUAAGGAUAGUUUUAAACUAAUUAAAAAGUAA